AUAAGAUUCUAGAUGAGCGGUGGUAUUCCUUUCUUGUACAGUAGUAAGGAUACCUUUCAGGAACCAGCCAUACUCGUCAAAUUUCGCGGAAGCCAGGUUUCAAGCCGCUGUCCAAUCCUCCUCGACACGGCAUAAUUUUGGGGGAGAAUUUGAACAUCGCUAUUGGCUGUCUGCUGACACGAGCGCUCUUUGUCGAAAGUACUCUGCAGAUAUUACAAUCGUCCAUGUGAUGAUAGCCUCCUGCAUUCGACAAGAAAGAGCGGGAGGUGAUCCCUCGAACAGAGAUUUCAGAUAAAGGCUAUGUCCGCGUCGUCGCAGCAACGUCCAGAUCAUGAAUAUCCUCCCCAAUCGGCUCAACCCUAUCGUUCCAUAUUUGGAUCGAGCAGUCAGCCUAUUGAACAUGACGAGGCCAGAGAGUCUGACCAUGACGUGGAUAUCGAAGAUGUACUAAAUGAGGAGCUACCUCCUAUGGGUGAUGACUCUGAUGAUGCGACAUACGACGCGAGUGACGAAGACGCGCCCCUUCCUGAGAGGCGCAGUACGGUGGAAAACAAAGCCAAGGAAAAGAAGAAAGCAAAAUACAAGGCGCCCAUUUCGUAUAGUGAUACAGACAUUUAUCGUUCGGAGUCACCACCUGUGCAUCGACCAAAUAGGUACCAUGGUCCUACCUCUACUUGGCGCUUAUGGACUCAGAAAGAGCGUCAAGUUGCUGAAUCCCUGGAGAUCAUACGUGCCAGAGAUCUCUCAGCUCAUCUGUUCAAUGCUCAUGCGCUGAAACGACGGGCCAGAGAGAUUCGAAAGAGAAUUGCUGAAAAUGGCAGCCAGGAAGAGGAAGAGACGGCGUUUGUCCCAGGCAAGCUGUGGACAGCAUGGCCUAUGCCACCUGAGGAAGUUCCCAGGUUGGAUGAAUCGCUGAUCAACGACAACGAUGAUCCAUACACGAUUAAAAGAGCGCCGGAUAUCAGACCAAGUGCUCCGUUAGAAGAAUCUCUCAUAGCCGUGAUGCUGAAGAUUUCGAAGGAACGGUUCCAAGCUAGGGAAGAGAUGCCGAAGAGUUAUGUUUGGCACAAGAGAGAGAGUUCUCGUGGAUACGAUACUACGGAGGCAUCUGGAAAUGAAGGCGGCUGGAAGAGUGAACCGGAUACUGCAGAAGGUAUCCAAUAUCGCCCAGUAGUUCAAGCGGACGAUGAGAUGUCUCGACGACAACUACGGCCUCUGACACGACAAAUUUUGAGUCGGUUAGACUCACUUCUAAUGAGUUUACACCACGCGCGGAAAGCUAGUAUGGUCCCAGACGAGAGUUCUGCCAGCGAGAGACAGUCUGAGGCAGAGAGCUUGGCUUCUCGUCUAUCAUCACCCAGAAAGAGGAGAGGGACAAGCACACUGGAAAGGAGUCAAUCAAGAGGGAGAAAGCGAGCUCGUGCAUCCUCUCGCAGCAAAAGCAGAAAAAGAGCUGCCUCAAACCCCGAAGAGGCUCCAGAAUAUGCGAUAGACUCUUCUGAGUCUGAUUCGUCUGUUUCCGAGACUUCACGUCCUUCAAAGCGAGAGUCGACAAGGACACCGGUCUCCUUGUCACGAAGUCGUUCAAGGGUUGGAGGGCGGUCAGCAAGACUCGCUAUAAGGGAUUGGAGCGAUGUUCUCGGAAUCGCUUCCAUGACCGGGUGGCCUUCCGAAGUGGUAAUGCGCGCCGCACGACGAUGUGCUGAUUUAUUCGGCGAGGACAUGACUUUCCAGACAUUGAGCGAAGGAGCCGUACGGAAGACGAAGUCUACGGAUGGAAGAGAUCUAUGGAAGUAUUCGGCCAGCGAAGAAGAAGAGCCGCCUGCUCCCAAGCUCAAACGUACGCGGUCCCGCGCGCAGUCUACCAAAGGAGAGAGCAGUCGAGCAGCGUCUGUAGUUGCGAAAGAGGACGGUGAAGAGCAGAGCGCUGUAAGGCCGUUCAAAGGCAAAGGAGAGCACCGCAAGAAGGAUCUUGUGUGUCCUGUGAAGGGUUGCAGUAGACAUACCGAUGGUUUCACACGCACGUGGAAUUUGAACUUGCAUAUGAAAAGAGUCCAUCCGUCACACCCGUUGAGGAGUGGGAAUAAAUCAAACCCUGUAACGGACGACGAUGGCUAGUGAUCUCACGUUUCAGAAGCAGUGCUAUUGCGCCAGUUUUUAUCUUCUUUUUGAUGGAUAUGUAUUUUCAAAGUUAAUACGCCGAGCUAAGAUCUAUACUUGCUACAUAUGUAGAAGUCUUAUCAUGAUUACAGCCUUAGGAGCUGGUCCUGGAGCAAGUAGUUUUUUCACUCCUGAUUCAGACACUACUAUAAAAAGUCGGAAUACGCUG